AUGGACAUCGACGCGCCCGUGCACCCGGGCCUGAGCGACUUUGGGUUGCGGUACCCGCUCCCUCUCCGCAUCGUCGUCCUCAGCGCCGUCACGGCCCUCGGGUUCGCGACCAACCUGCACCUCCUGAGCCACUUGGGCAUCGACACGGCCCACGUCCUCGACGUCCGCCUCGAACCGGCAAACGCCUCGAGCCGCGCCGGCCUCCCGCCAGGCGCACCUCCUCCCUACGUCCACCCGACCAAGCUGUACCCACCCCUGUACUCGCUCGCCGCCGCCACCCUCGCCUGGGCCGCCCUCGGCUCCCUCCUCCACGGCGCCCUCACCGGCGCCGACCCGCACCUCGUCGUCCAGUACCGCCUCGUGCCCUGCCUCGUCGCCCUCGCCGUCGUCGUCGCCCUGUGCUGGCCGGGCAACGCCCUGUCGCGCCCUUACCGCCUGCGCUUCCUCCGCGCCCUGCGCCGCAUCGUCCACCCGUCCCUCAACGCCGCCGUCCCCUUUUGCGACAUCAUCCUCGCCGACAUCCUCACCUCGAGCGCAAAGGUCCUCGGCGACGUAUGGCUCGCCGGCUGCCUCGUCCUCACCGGCGAGGGCGUCGCAGGCGUCGCAGGUGACGCCUGCAAGCGCGUGUGGGGCGUCCCCUUCAUGACGAGCCUCCCGUACCUGUUCCGGUUCCGCCAGUGCCUGUCCGAGGUCUACACGCGCUCGACCCCGACCCCGAGGCGGUCCCUCCUCAACGCGCUCAAGUACGCGACCGCGUUCCCGGUCAUCAUCCUGUCGGCCAUGCAGACCAUCAUCGGCGACCCGUUCGACGCCGACGACGACCACCUGCACGAGGCUGGCGAGCGGUGGAUCGGUCGCACGACCCUCUUCAACCUGUGGUUCCUCGCCGUCCUCGUCAACUCGCUCUACUCGUUCUGGUGGGACGUCACCAACGAUUGGGGCCUGUCGCUCCUGUCGCGCUCCGGGUGGCACUCGAGCCCGGCCGUGUCGUACGCCUUCAUCAAUCCGCCGCCGUCGUCGGCCUACUCGCACCGCGGCGGCAUCCCGAGCCACCUCGCGACGGGUGUGGGCCACUCUCCCUCGGCGUCGCAGAGCAACGGCCACGGCCGCGCACGGUCCCUCGCCGCCGGCGCGCUCCUCGACCCGACCGCGGCCGCGCCGGGCCCGCACGAGCACGCGCUCAACGGCGCGCCGCCGCAACACGUCCUCGCGUCGACGACGUUCCCUCCUGCGCCCUCUCGCCCGCACACGCCGACGCCGCCGUCGCCCAAGCCGGCGUCGCACUCGCCGUCGCACCUGUUGCACUCGCACCGCCCGGGCCACACGCGCGCGUUCAGCACGGCCGCGACGCCCAACCUGUCGUACCCGUUCCUGCGGCCGAUCCUCCUCCUGCCCAACCCGCUCGUGUACUACACGGCCAUCUGCGUCGACCUCCUCUUGCGCCUGACGUGGUCGCUCAAGCUGUCGUCGCACCUCCACUCGGCCCAAGAGGUCGAGAGCGGCCUCUUUGCCGUCGAGGCCCUCGAGGUCGUGCGCAGGUGGAUGUGGGUCUUCCUCCGCAUCGAGUGGGAGGCGGUCCGCAAAGGCGCCGGCAACGACGCCGCGCCCUUGUCGUCGUCGUCGGCGACGUCGCCGCUCGGUGCAGCAGCGGGACCGAGCACGAGCGCGGCCGGCGUGUCGUGGCUCGACAAGGGCGACAGCGAGGCGCGCCUGCGGGCGCACGACGAGUACGAGCUCGCAUUGCGCGAUGCCAAGGGCGGCGGCAGCGGCGGCGAGCGAGGCGGGCAGGGCAAGGGCAAAGGGCGCGCGCUCGACCCGGCGCUCGAGGAGGAGGCUCUCGGUUUGCUCUCGAGCGGGUCAGGCGGUGGGCGGGUGCGCGAGGGCGAGCUCAUCUGA